UUGGAAAAAUCUGCGUUAUCUGGUGCUGCUAACAUGGAGGGGUCCAGUGACAAGCUUUUUUUCUGCAGGUGGCUGCGCAACAAGGUUCCCCUGACCCACAGAGAAGAGUUGUACCACAUACUGAGGAUGACAGGGCCUCUGCUCCUCUCCCGUAUCCUCCAUUAUUUGCUUCCAUUUGUGGUGACAAUGUUUUGUGGGCGCCUGGGAAAUGAUGUGAUGGCUGGCUAUGGAUUAGCUUCUGCAACCAUUAAUGUUACUACAGCAGCGACAGGAUGUGGUCUUGGACUGGCAUGUGAUACUUUGGUGUCGCAGACAUUUGGUGGGAAGAAUCUGCUGCGGGUGGGAGUGAUCCUUCAACGUGGCAUCAUCAUCCUGCUCCUGUUCUGUCUGCCCUGCUGGGGGCUCCUUAUUAAUGCUGAGGCCAUUCUGUUAUGUCUGGGCCAGGACCCUGAGGUGGCCAGAAUAGCUCAGCUGUAUAUUACGGCAUUCCUUCCUGCAGUACCAGCAAUGUUUCUACAUAAUCUCCAGGUGUCUUAUCUGCAGAACCAGGGAAUAAUUCUGCCACAAAUGUACACUGCAGCUUUGGCAAACAUAGCCAAUGUGGUGACAAACCUCAUCUUCCUUUACUGGUUGGAUCUGGGAGUUAGUGGGUCAGCAGCAGCAAACACACUGUCUCAGGUUUACAUCUGUGCUUUACUGUUUGCUUACAUUUGGUGGAAGAAGCUUCAUGUAACCACAUGGGGAGGUUGGUCUGUUGAAUCACUUCAGGAGUGGGGCUCCUACAUGAAGCUGGCCAUGCCCAGCACAUUAAUGAUUUGUUUUGAGUGGUGGGUUUAUGAAUUUGGGGGGUUCUUUGCAGGAAUGCUGAGUGAGGAUGAGCUUGCAGCCCAACAUGCUGUGAUAAUGGUGGCUUUCAUAACCUACAUGUUCCCGCUUGGUAUUCAAGCUGCAGCAUGUGCACGAGUAGGCAAUGCUCUUGGUGCAGGAGACACUGCCAGAGCGAUUCUCACCAGUAAGAUUUCACUUAGUCUUGCAGCUAGCUUUGCAGUUGUUGAAGGUAUUGUGCUUGGCUCUACUAAAACAGUGAUUGGCUUCAUUUUCACAUCUGAUGAGAAGAUUGUUGGCCUGGUGUCACACUUGAUGAAUGCUUACUGUUUCCUUCAGUUCUUUGAUGCUCUUGUGUGUGUGUGCACAGGCAUCUUCUUGGGCACAGGCAAACAGAAGAUACCAGCUGUUGCUAAUCUCAUUGGAUACUAUGGCAUAGGGCUUUCUCUGGGUGUGACUUUGAUAUUUGUUGUAAAACUGAGAAUUUUAGGUUUUUGGCUGGGACUGCUCAUUUGCGUUGUCUUGCAAUCUAGCUUCUACAUCAUUGUCAUCUUCAGGCUGAACUGGAGGAGAAUGACAGAGGAGGCUGUGAAACGGGCUCAGAAAAAACAUCACAUGACACUAAUAGGUACUGAAGUCAGUCUUGGCCAGACAUCAGGCAAUGGAAAUUCAGCGGAUGGUUACAUGUCUGUGAGCACAGAGCACCAUGAUACUGAGACCCAACAGCUGAAAAAACACCGUCUCUCCACCGGCCAGCUGAUCCUCAGGCGAGGCCUCACGGUGUUUGCAGUGGUCACACUUCUGGCUCUGGGGACAACUGUACACUUCCUUGUGCCAUUGCCACAAACCCAGUCUGCAAAAGUCAACUUAACUAUAGAUUGGAUCAAUACAACAUAUGCUCCUGAUCAAAAUUUUUCCAUCAUGCAAUAGAAGAUGAAUAGGGGAUGGAUUAAAUCCUUAUUUGCAGUCAAGCUUGUAAAACAAUAUUAGUCAUUAUGUACUUGUUACCAAAUGUAUGACUGACUGUUGCAAAUGUGUUGAGAAACGAGGCCUAUUAAUGAUAUAACAUGAACAUUAUCUUUAAUUACAUCUUGUACUUUCUUUGCAAUCUUUUUGUCAUUUGCAUUUUCAUUUUGUCAGUUUGUAAUAAAGCUUUGAUAAAUGUGAAUCCUGACCAGGUGAAAACACAGCUACUUGAAUGAUAAAAAAAAUUCUAACAUUUGUAAAUCUUCUGUUUAAAUAAUAAAUAUG